AUGGCGGAUGCUAUCGUUUCCGUUGUGUUGGAGCGCAUUGCAGCUCUCGUGGAAGAGAAGAUCCGAGACGAAGUAAAUUUGGUGAGAGGAGUUAAGAAGGAGGUUCUCAAACUUUCCGUUGAUCUGAACACUGUCAGAAACGUGUUGGAAGAUGCGGAGAAGAAGGGGUAUAAGGAAAAAAGCAUCAAAGAUUGGCUGACGAGGCUCGAAAACACGACCUAUGAAAUGGAUGACGUGUUGGACGAAUGGAACUACUCCAUUCUCAAGUUUCAGAUCGAACAAUCGUCUGAUGGUGUUGCUGCUGCUGAUGCUGUUGCUGAUGUUGUUCCUCCUAAGUGCACGGUACGCUUUUGCAUCCCUUGCUCGUUUUUAUGUUUCAAGAAAGUUUCUGUACGUCGUGGAAUUGCCUUGAAGAUAAAACAAGUGAAAGAACGGCUUGAUCUGAUUUUGGCGGAGAAAGGUCAGUUUCAUUUUAAUGAGAUCACGUCACAACCAUCUGAUCGUGAAUCUUGGCGAGGUCAAACUACUUCUAUCAUCGACAAAGAGGAAGUUUAUGGCCGAGACUUAGAGAGAGAAGCUCUGGUAAGCAAACUUGUGGGUGAAGGUGGUAGUAGCGAAGAAGGGUUAAUAGGAGGUAUACGCGUUGUAUCUAUAGUGGGUGUGGGUGGCCUUGGGAAGACAACUCUUGCUCAACUAGCUUAUAACGAUAGUCGAGUAAUGAAUUGUUUUGAGUUAAGAAUUUGGAUAUCUGUUUCGGAUCCUUUUGAUGAGGUUGAGAUUGCCAAAAGGAUUGUGGAGAAAGCAGGAGGGCCUUUACCAAAUACAAUGGACUUGGAUGGGCUGCUACAACGUCUAAUAGAGUCUAUUUCAGGGAAAAAGUUUCUUCUUGUUCUGGAUGAUGUUUGGACAGAAGACGAUACCAAGUGGAAACCCCUGAAAAACGCUAUCAAAAGUGGUGGACAUGGAAGCAAAGUUUUGGUUACAACUAGAAACGAAAGGGUUGCAAUAAUGAUGAUGGGAGAGUUUAUAAAGAAUGAUCAGAUGAUCCAUCGUUUAGGAGUUCUCAAUGAUGAACAUUGUUGGUCAUUAUUCUGUCGAAUUGCCCUUUGUGGUAAGAACAAGGAUGAAUGUGAAGAAUUUGAGAACACGGGUAAGGAGAUAGCCAACAAGUGCAAGGGAUUGCCACUUGCAAUAAAGACUUUGGCAAGUGUUUUGCGUUUCAAGAAUACAUUGGAAGAGUGGGAGAGCGUGUUAAAUAGUGAAAUCUGGAAGUUGGAGGUUGUAGAAGAUGACCUCUUCCGCCAUUUGUUUCUGAGUUACAACGAGUUGUCCCCAACAUUGAAGCGUUGCUUCUCGUAUUGUGCCGUCUUUCCUAAAGAUACCAUAAUUGAGGUGGAUGAGCUAAUAACAAGAUGGAUGGCAAUGGGUUACCUAGGAUCGAAUGCUGAUGAUGACUGGAAAGUUAGAGGGAGAGGGUACUUUGAUAAUUUAGCAAUGCGUUCUCUGUUUCAAGACUUUUAUAUGAAAGAUGGCGAUAAGAUAAAAUCGUUUAUGCUGCAUGACAUUGUACAUGAUUUCGCUGAAUUCCUGAGGAAGAAUGUGGGAUCAAGAAUGAAGAACACAACUUGCAAAGACUGUAGCCCUUUGUUAGUUUCCCGAGUCGAAAAAUAUCGUAGCUUAUUUCGGUGCAAAGAAGUUCUUGAUCCACAUAUUUGUGAUUGCCUGACAAGUGUGAGGUUGCUCGAUUUAAGUUGUUGUGGCUUGCAAGCCAUUCCGAAAGAAAUAGAAAAAUUGAUUCACUUGAGGUGGUUGGACUUGGGUAAUAAUAAAUUUGUUGGUGAUGAUCUCAAGUCCAUUUGUAAGUUGUAUAACUUGCAAUUUCUUUGGGUUAAUAGGUGCAGUCUAGAAGCAAUUCCGGUGGAGAUUGGGAAUUUGAGUGAGUUGAUACACUUGGACUUGAGCAAGAAUAGAGGACUGAGAGAGUUGCCGGAGAGCCUAUGCAAUUUGAGAAAAUUAGAGAGCCUGAAUGUUAAUGAGUGUCGUAGUCUGUGUGGACUUCCACAAGGGAUCCACAAGCUGAAGAAGCUCAAACAUUUGUAUAAUCAAAAUACUCUUUCUCUGAAGCAAUAUCCACAAGGAAUAUCCGAAUUAACGAGUCUAGUCACAUUGAAUAAAGUCCUUCCUUGUGAUGGGAAUAAGGUGGGGUGGUUGAAGAAUUUUAACCGACUUAGCGGGGAAGUGGAGUUGUCAAUUGAAAUAAGCAGUUGUGGUGAUUCAGUGGAGGAUGCUCGUGAGGCGGAGUUGGGGAAAAAGAUGCACAUUCAAGAACUGAGAAUAUAUUUCUCUGGAUCAACAACAGCAAUGGAUGGCCGUGGCAAACAAGUGAAAGAUACUUCUUCAUCAUCGUCGUCAACAUCGGUUUCUAAUGAAGUACUAGAUGCUCUUCACCCACAUCCAAACCUCCAACAGCUGACUAUCAAGGCCUAUAACGGCUCCCGACUUCCGGGAUGGAUCACGUCCCCCCUCAACCAACUCACAUCUAUUGAGCUCCACUUGUGUGAAUGUCUUUCGUUGCUUCCGCCGCUGGGUAAACUACCGCUACUGGAGACUCUUUCGAUUCAAGAUUUAUAUGAAUUGGAAUAUGUUGGACGGGAAUUCUUGGGAAUAUCAACAACAACAUCUUCAUUGAUGGGUACUAUUGUUGGUGGCUUCCCCAAGUUGAAGUACCUGACAUUUAGAGGAUGUAAUAACUGGAAGAAGUGGGAAGACAUUGCGGUGGAAGAAGAAGAUGAUAAUGUUGCUAUCUCAAUAAUGCCUUGCCUGACGGAGUUGGAGAUCACUGACUGCAGGAGAUUGAUGGAUCUGCCGCAACGCCUCAUGCGAAAGGUUUCAUCAUCAUUGAAGGUGUUGCGUAUUUAUGGUUCCAAACUGGUAGAUGCUCUUGAGCCACAUCCAAACCUGCAUAAGCUGAGGAUCAAGGAGUAUGAAGGCUCUCAACUUCCACGAUGGAUCACGUCCCCCCUCAACCAACUCACACAUGUUGGGCUCUACGAUUGUGAAUACCUUGUGUCGUUGCCGCCGCUGGGUAAACUACCUCUACUGGAGACUCUUGAUAUUCGAAGUUUACAUGAAUUGGAAUAUGUUGGACGGGAAUUCCUGGGAAUAGCAACAACAGCAACAACUUCGUGUUCGUCGGGUACUAAUAAUAUUAUUGAUGGUGGCUUUCCCAAGUUAAAAAAACUGACAUUUUGGAGGUGUCCAAAGUGGAACAAGUGGGAGGACAUUACUACUGCCCAAGAAGAAGAAGAAGAAGAGUAUACAAUAAUGCGUUGCCUCACGGAGUUGACUAUCGUUUACUGCAAGGGAUUGACGGAGCUGCCGCAACACCUCCUGCAAAAGGUUUCAUCAUCAUUGAAGAUGUUGGAUAUUAGAGGUUCAACACAACUGGAACAAGUCUACAGGAACAAGGAGGGUCAACCCUGGAAAUCCAUUUCCCGCCACAAUCCACACCUUCGCCUCUUCCGUCGAAAUAUUAGAUAG